UCCGAUCACUCCCGUAUGAGUCUGCAGCGAGCAGAAUAACUGAUUAAUUUACGAACGCACCCAACGUAAGAGACUUCCUAUUGCAUAGCAUGUUGGUACUUGUGUACACUGCUAAGUAAUAUAGCUAGGUUUUAGAGCCACCAGCAGUUAUUUUGUGUCAUUUCUUGAAAUUAUAUCGAUACUGCUACACUUCUAUAUGUACAAAACUAAUUGACGGACUGAAAUUUAACAAACAUCGGUAUGGCGGAGGGUGUCGGUAACGCAGUGAAUCUUCCCCCCGGAGAUCCGCAGCUCAUCGGGCUCAUCGUGGAACAUCUCAAGAACCGAGGCCUGUUCGACGAGUUCCGAAGAGACUGCCUGGCAGAUGUGGAUACAAAGCCUGCCUACCAGAAUCUACGACAGAAAGUUGACAACUUCGUCUCUACUCAUUUGAACACUCAAGACUGGAACCCAUCAAUCAACAAAAAUCAAGUGCGAAAUGUGCUAAGACAAAGCGUCGUGCAGUCAGGCAUGCUGGAGUCCGGAGUGGACAGAAUCAUCACCCAGGUGGUGGAUCCCAAGCUUAACCACACCUUCAGGCCCCACAUUGAGGAAGCCAUUCACGACUUCCUGUCUGCUGAGAAGAAGGAGGAGGGUCCAUCCAACACUCCAUCAGAGACAGAACAGCAAGAGGCUCCAAGCCACACUGGACCCAAAACACCAAAAAUAUUCAAAAUGCUAUUUUCUUUUUGGAGUGUAUUAGUGCGAAUGGAGAUGCUACUUAAAUUUUCUUUGGCGGUCUUUCUUUGUAUAGCCUUUCAGCAAGUAAAGGCGACCGACCCAAACGAACUUCACGAAACUCCUCAAGAGAAACAAUUGAACCAUCAGAAAAGACGACUCUCACUGCAAAACACAGCGGAGAUCCAGCACUGUCUGGUGAAUGCUGGGGAUGUGGGCUGUGGCAUGUUCGAAUGUUUCAACAACAACUCCUGUGAAAUACGAGGCCUACAUGAGAUCUGCGUGACAUUUCUGCACAAUGCCGGCAAGUUUGACUCCAAGGGGAAGUCCUUCAUCAAGGAUGCCCUGAAGUGCAUGGCCCACAGCCUGAGGCACAGGUUCAGCUGUGUGAGCAGGAAGUGCCUGGCAGUGAAGGAGAUGAUGAUCCACCUGCAGAGAGAGUGCUACGUCAAACACAACCUUUGUUCCGCCAUCCAGGAGAACAUCAAUGUCAUGGUGGAGAUGAUCCACUUCCAGGACCUCUUCCCCAAAGGGACUCAUGUGGAGCUGGUGAACAUCCUGCUGGGUUGUGGUGAGGAGGUGAGGACAGCCAUAGCACAGAGAGUGAGGAUGCAGUGUGAGCAGAACUGGGGGGCCCUGUGUGACAGCCUGAGCCCGUGCUCCCUCGGUCGCUCAGAUGACCCCCAACACAUCACCGUCCCUCCCGCCUCUCUGCAUCCUGCUGGACAGCUCUUCCUCCCAGACAUUGAACAGGAGAAACCUAAGACUGGCCAGCUAGACAGGGGCUCCCUCCACCCCUCUGUGAGUCUCAGUCAGGAGCCCCUGGACAACGCCACAGACCUUGGGCUCGCUGUGGCCAGUCAACCACCCAAUACCGCCAUCCAGGGGUGAAACGCUGAGUACAAUGUCUUUAGCUUGUUGACACACAACAUAGCUGCCCCUAACCCCUUUUCACCCUCAAGCAGCCCUACUACUGAUAACCUCAGUGGUUACAAACAAUGACAAAGGAUGAGUAAUGGUCCUGUACCAUGCUCCUCCAUUCAUACUCUCCUAAAUUGUAAAGGUGACAGGGUAUGUGUGGUCAAAUGUAGAUUUGAGGCUAUGCACUUGUUUUUCAGUAGUAGUAGUUCCUUUUUGUUUUAAUUACAGGUGCAAUGUAAAACAUUGUAUUGUAAAAUGGCUUUCAUUUGAUUCCUUUUAGAAGUAAAUGGGUACAGUGGGGCAAAAAAGUAUUUAGUCAGCCACCAAUUCUGCAAGCUCUCCCACUUAAAAAGAUGAGGCCUGUAAUUUUCAUCAUAGGUACGUACACUUCAACUAUGACAGGCAAAAUGAGAAAAAAAAUCCAGAAAAUCACAUUGUAGGAUUUUUUUAUUAAUUUAUUUGCAAAUUAUGGUGGAAAAUAAGUAUUUGGUCAAUAACAAAAGUUUCUCAAUACUUUGUUAUAUACCCUUUGUUGGCAAUGACCGAGGUCAAAUGUUUUCUUUAAGUCUUCACAAGGUUCUCACACUGUUGCUGGUAUUUUGGCCCAUUCCUCCAUGCAGAUCUCCUUUGGAGCAGUGAUGUUUUGGGGCUGUUGCUGGGCAACACGGACUUUCAACUCCCUCCAAAGACUUUCUAUGGGGUUGAGAUCUGGAGACUGGCUAGGCCACUCCAGGACCUUGAAAUGCUUCUUACGAAGCCACUCCUUCGUUGUCCGGGCGGUGUGUUUGGGAUCAUUGUCAUGCUGAAAGACCCAGCCACGUUUCUUCUUCAAUGCCCUUGCUGAUGGAAGGUUUUCACUCAAAAUCUCAUGAUACAUGGCCCCAUUCAUUCUUUCCUUUACACGGAUCAGUCGUCCUGGUCCCUUUGCAGAAAAACAGCCCCAAAGCAUGUUUCCACCCCCAUGCUUCACAGUAGGUAUGGUGUUCUUUGGAUGCAACUCCGCAUUCUUUGUCCUCCAAACACGACGAGUUGAGUUACCAAAAAGUUUUGGUUUCAUCUGACCAUAUGACAUUCUCCCAAUCUUCUUCUGGAUCAUCCAAAUGCUCUCUAGCAAACUUCAAACGGGCCUUGCAUGUACCGUAAUUGCUGGACUAUUAAGCGCACCCGAAUAUAAACCGCACCCACUGAAUUAUUUAAAAAAUAUGUAUUUUGUACAUCAAUAAGCCGCACAUGUCUAUAAGCCGCAGGUGCCUACCGGUACAUUGAAACAAAUGAACUUUACACAGCCUUUAAACGAAACACGGCUUGUAACAAAAAUUAAACAGUAGCCUUCUAGUAAAGUCAUUGGUCACUAUCUUCUCCUGUGCACUGAAACCACUGAAGUCAUCUCCUUCGGUGUCGGCGUUGAAUAGCCUCAGAAUUGCUUCAUCCGAUGUUGGAUCGUUUUCAUUGUCGCUCUCGUCACUUUCAGCCGGAGGAAAAUACCCCGCUGAGCUCAUGCUGCCCCUUCAACACGCAGCAGUCCAGCCUUUCGAAACCUGUUGAUGAUAGUGGAUUUUUUGGCAAUGCUCCACGCUGUCAGGACCCACUGGCAGACUUGACCAUAAGUUGCUCUUCGCAUGCGGUCCGUUUUAGUGAAGGAUUUCUCCCCACUUGUCAUCCAAGCCUCUCACUGAACACGGAGCGCCACCUUAAAUGCACGAUUUACACUGAUGUCGAGUGGCUGCAAAUACUUUGGGCCAUCUGCUUUUCUUACCUCUGAAAGGUUUGUCUUUUUGCACUGAGUCAGUUCCUCACGCUGCUGUUUACAAAGUCUUAUAAUCGACUCAUUAAGGCCAAGCUCCCAUGCAGCAGCUCUAUUUCCUUUUCCAACAGCCAGAUCGAUCACCUUCAACUUGAAAGCUGCAUCAUAUGCAUUUCUCCGUGUCUGCCAUGAUGAGGGUGACAAAAUUACCGUAAUCAGAAUGAUGGGAAGUUUGAGCGCGCUCCAUUUACGUCACAUUAUGUGAUGGUGCUCAGUUUGGCGGCAUGAAUCUUGUGAAAGCGGGAAAUCAUUUUGACCCCACGGGGUGAGAUCUUGCGUGGAGCCCCAGAUCGAGGGAGGUUAUCAGUGGUCUUGUAUGUCUUCCAUUUCCUAAUAAUUGCUCCCACAGUUGAUUUCUUCAAACCAAGCUGCUUACCUAUUGCAGAUUCAGUCUUCCCAGCCUGGUGCAGGUCUACAAUUUUGUUUCUGGUGUCCUUUGACAGCUCUUUGGUCUUGGCCAUAGUGGAGUUUGGAGUGUGACUGUUUGAGGUUGUGGACAGGUGUCCUUUAUACUGAUAACAAGUUCAAACAGGUGCCAUUUAAUAUAGGUAACGAGUGGAGGACAGAGGAGCUUCUUAAAGAACAGGUCUGAGAGCCAGAAUUCUUGCUUGUUUGUAGGUGACCAAAUACUUAUUUUCCACCAUAAUUUGCAAAUAAAUUCAUUAAAAAUCCUACAAUGUGAUUUUCUGGAUUAUUUUUCUCAUUUUGUCUGUCAUAGAAGUGUACCUAUGAUAAAUUACAGGCCUCAUCUUUUUAAGUGGGAGAAUUUGCACAAUUGGUGGCUGACUAAAUACUUUUUUGCCCCACUGUAUAUACAAUUUACAGUAUGAACAUUUUAUAUAGGUUCAGUGAAGAUGUACAAGUGCUUGUCAUAGCAAGGACUCUUGCAGAAGGUUGGAUGUUUUCAAUUUCUUAAUUGUGGCUGUAAUGUAGUUUUAGCUGGACACUAACUUGGUACACACAAUGUAUUGAGACCAUGAGCUAUUGCUUUUGAGAUACUAUGAUGUUUCUUAAAAGUACAUUUCCUAAUAUACUUAAACACCCACAUUUUGGAUGUCUGACUCCAGGUCAUAGAUUUCAAGGUAUCCAGAAGAUGAGGUAAAUAUAAUUUAAGUAAACUGUCCCUUUGAUACUACGCUUUACAUUCUAUAAAAUAGGUAAUACUGCGUUAGCUCGACCCAUUUAUACUGUCACUACUGAAAAACAUUUGUAUAGAGAUUAGUGCUUUUGCAAGUUCAAUGUUUCUGUGGAAACAUUUUUCUACUUUUUAUUUGCAGCACAAAGAUGAACCGCACAAGGAUUAUUUUAAUUUGUAUGUCUAAAACAGGUUUACCUUCCCUUUCAACUCAGUAAUUGCACAUCAACUCCACAAGGGAAGUCUAUCUCUGGUACAUGAUUACAAGGAACAAGUGGCCUACCACAAUCAGGAACGUUUGUAACAACUCUGCAACAUGGUUAUGUAUAUUCACUCAAAGACAAACCUCAGGUCUCGUAACAAAACGAAACCCAUUUCCUGGUUAAAAUAUUAUGGGCCUUGGACUAUUCUCACAGAGGUCUUUGAUAAUACGUAUGUAUCAAAUAGGGUCUACUGCAAUGUAUUUUUCAACUACAAAGUGUUUGUCACAGGAUGACUACAGUGUCUUAUCAGAACAUUUUGCCACUGACGGUUCAACAUUUUACUAGCUAGCUACUGUACAUCAAAUGCUUGUUCUAACUUCAUUAGUACUCCAAUGAACCUACCUCACACCAUGCCAGCUCUAGAGAUGUUUCAUCAUGGACACAUUGAACUGGUAUGAAUACAACUCUGCUAUCUCACACGUUUUUACAUGCAUUUUGUACAGGUUGGUUUAUAUGAUAGUACUGACAACUUCUGUGUCAGUAUUUUCACCUAAUUGUAAUCAAAUGAAUGACUAUUCACUUUUACCUAUUGGAAAAUGAAGGUCUGUACUUAAAGACAACUGACUUCUUAUGAAGUUUGUUUGUACUCUGAUUCAAUGUCUUUUUAUUUGUUUCUUAAGCUAUGCAUACCAUUAGGCCUUGAUGCAAGCAAAGCAUUUUAUACAUCUCUUUUGUUCUGUACUUUUGGACAUUAAACAUUUUCACAUA